GUUUGGUAUAUAAAAAAAAUAUCUUUCCUUGCAGAAGAAACAGUUCCCAAAUGUGUUUUAUCACAAUACCUUGGGCAUGCAGCAUACAUCUCUGUAGACACAGAUUAACUUCUCAUUCAGUGACACUUCAUAUUAUCACUGGCUUCCUUUGAUACUUCUGCUUUAAACUGGUAGUUAAGAUAUCACUAGUUCAAGGGAAUAAAGUGACUACAAAAAAAGCUGGAAUCUCAGAGGACUCAUGCUUGACAGUAGGAAAAGAUACUCUUAUCUAUAUAUGACUACAUCCAAUCUGGCUCACAGGCUCAAAGUAUUGCUUUCAGCUUAGAUAGUUGAAAUAGCACAAAGAUUUCAGUGUCAGGGCACUUCUGCUGUAGAAUUACAGUAUCAUAAUUGGAAUUAAGACAAGUUGAGGGCUUGGGAUAACCUAGCACUUCAGGACAGAACUGAGAUGUACUAAGUGUGACCAUGAAGUUUUAAGGAUGAAAACUGAAAAUGGAAGGUCUCCUGUCAUCUCCUAUUAGGGAAUGCAAAGUGAAGAGAGAUACUUUUGGGCUUGUAGUCAUUCACUGUAGGUUCUAAGGAAAAUGUGAAGUAUUAGCACCAACAUGUGAAUAUGUGGGACUACACACACAAAAAUGAAACAGACCUAAAGCCCCCAUCACAGGAUUAGCAGUCUAUAAAAAACCUGAGGACUUGGUGAGUUCUUUUUUGACUUGCUGAAAUAAUGUUUGUGGGUCAUUUCAGAUAGUCAGUCAGUCAUGGUUAGGGUAAGGAUUAUUUGGCUUGGUGGAGGAGAGGUUGUGGGAUAUGUGGUAAACCAAAUAAGGUCAUUCUUUUGGUCAUGAAUUACAGAAUUACUUUGCUUAAAUGUACUCCUUUAGAAAUUAGAUAUUUAGACUAAACCUAUUAUGCAGGUCCCAGUUUCAGGCCAUAGACACAGAAAGGCAGGUCCAAAGGGUAUUCUUCUCACACAUCUCGGACACCUACUUCAGGAGGAGAUGAAGCACUCUCUGCAGCAAACUAUUUCUCUCCUUCAGCUACAGAGAGAGCUUGGAAAACAAGUGCAUACGAGGCAUUCAACUUUCUGACAAAGCCAAAGGAGGAGAGUCUGUUUCCUCCCCUAGAAGAAUCAAUAGGUUUGUACUGAACUAAAACGACCUCUACAUUUAGGCUCUUUAGAUCACGGAAUGAUCCUUACAGAUCCUACAUUUAGGUUCUUUAGAUCAAAAGAGAGCAGACAGAAAAAUACUUUGAAUUUCCUCCUGUGCAGACAUCCUAUCGAGGGACGGCUCAUUUAAUGAGGCAUCACUUAAGUGUCAGGCACAAGCAAAUUACCAAACUCCACUACAGUGUUCCAGGAAACAGCUGUUCGCCUCGGCACUGAAGGAACGCGGAGAUUGAUUCGAGCAGCGUACAUGAUGACUGUCCACGCGUCGCAGGCGAAAAGCGAACUAGGAAACCUCUUGCACACAUCGAGAGAUUCUUUUGCCGUGUCACCUUAGCCAGAAUUGCACGUAUGAUCAACCGUAACUGAACGAUGAUGUCCAGGAGGCAGCUGGGCACGUACGGGCCGAUGGUACCGGAGGACACAAAACGCAAGCCUCUAAUGACAGCACAUACGAGGGUGUAAUGAGAAAGCAGUGAGAUAGCUGGGAAUAUUGUGUGAGAAUACUGUGUGGAAAACCGGAAUAAGCAUCACACCCUUCUGAAGGGGCGGCACGGGAAGCCUCGGGCAGGGUUUCGGGCCAGGCGCUGGCGCGGGGCUGGCGGGGAGCGGCCGAGCCCCGGGGCGGUGGCGCCGCUUCCUGGCUCCGGCACUCGCCGGCGGAAACGGCCUCGGCCCCCUCCCUCCGCCAUCCCCGCCUCCCUCCGCCUCCCCCGCCCGCGCCGGGCCCGCGCCGCCCGGGUCCCGCCCAUGAGGCGGCGGCGGCGGUGGGGGUUGUGGCCGGGCCGUGGCCGGAGCCGGAGGCGGGUGGUGGGCCGGGACGCGGGGCUCUGAUGUGGCUGCGGGCGCUCCGCCGGCGGGCCCCAUGCACCCCAGAAUGAAUGAAAUGAACUUGAGUCCUGUAGGGAUGGACCAGCUGACCUCCUCCUCUGUGAGCAAUGCCCUGCCAGUCUCAGGAAGUCACUUGGGCUUGGCAGCAUCACCCACUCACAACGCCAUACCAGCACCAGGUUUGCCUGUUGCAAUUCCAAACCUGGGCCCCUCCUUGAGUUCCUUGCCCUCUGCUCUGUCUCUGAUGCUCCCAAUGGGUAUUGGGGAUCGAGGAGUGAUGUGUGGUAUACCAGAGAGAAACUACACCCUACCUCCACCACCAUACCCUCACCUGGAGAGCAGCUAUUUCAGACACAUUCUACCUGGUAUCUUAUCUUACUUGGCUGACAGACCACCACCUCAGUACAUCCAUCCCAACACUAUAAAUGUUGACAGCAAUCCAUCAUUGUCAGUCUCCAACAAUCCCUCAGCCCUGGAUCCCUACCAGCCCAGUGGGACUGUGGGGCUGGAACCAGGGAUUGUCUCCAUGGACUCCCGCACAGUGAACACACACGGUCCUCAAAAUCUGCAUCCUAGUGACAGCCACGAGGUAGCACUGGAUACUACAAUCGCCAUGGAGAGCGUUUCCAGGGUAACCAGCCCCAUCUCUACAGAUGGGAUGACAGAGGAGCUUACAAUGGAUGAUGUAGCCGGGGAUCACACGCAGAUCCCAAAUGGCUCCCGGAGCCACGAACCUUUAGCCGUAGACACAGUGGGGAGUAACUUGACAUCGGACGCUGUGGGACACGGCGCUGUCAUUCCCAUUCACAGUAGCACUUUGGAACUCCCUGUUGUCAUGGAGCCUGACCACAUUGCUGGGCGGGUGACAGGGAUAUCGGACAGCACACUAAAUGACCCCAUUCAUACUGUGGCCAUGAGCACCAGCUCUGUGAGUGUGGCGCUCCCUACCUCACACAACCUCGCUUCCCUGGACUCAGUAGCCUUGCAUGAAGUGGGCCUCAGCCUGGAGCCUGUGGCAGUGUCUUCCAUAAGUCAGGAAGUAGCCAUGGGGCCAAGCCAUGUCGAUGUGUCUGCAGACAAUCUUGCCUUUGUACCAUCAUCUCUGCAAAUGGAAGACUCCAACUCCAACAAGGAGAACAUGGCAACCUUGUUUACCAUAUGGUGCACGCUGUGUGACAAGGCGUAUCCAUCAGACUGCCCGGACCACGGGCCUGUCACCUUUGUCCCCGAUAGCCCAAUCGAGAGCCGAGCCCGGCUGUCCCUCCCGAAGCAGCUGCUCCUCCGGCACUCUAUCAUGGGAGCUGAAGCGGAUUAUGGUCUUCUAAUGAUAGGUGUGUGGACACGAGAAACCAUUCCUGUGAGGACUUGUUUUGGACCUUUGAUCGGGCAGCAGAGCCAUUCUCUGGAGGUGGCCGACUGGACAGACAAAGCAGCCAGUCACAUCUGGAAGAUCUAUCACAACGGUGUACUGGAGUUCUGUGUCAUCACAACUGAUGAAAAUGAAUGUAACUGGAUGAUGUUCGUACGCAAAGCCAGGAACCAGGAAGAGCAGAACCUGGUAGCGUAUCCUCAUGAUGGAAAAAUUUACUUCUGCACCUCUCGGGACAUCCCCCCUGAACACGAGCUUCUCUUCUAUUACAGUCGGGACUAUGCACGACAGCUUGUGCCCAAAGGUGUCCCUGAGCAUCCAGACAUGCAUAUCUGCCACUGCGGGAAGGAAUGUGCUUCCUAUGUGGACUUCAAGGCCCAUUUGAGCAGCCAUGUUCACAACCACCUCCCCAGUCAGGGACACAGCAGCAACCACGGGCCAGGCCACAGCAAGGAGAGGAAGUGGAAGUGCUCCAUGUGCCCCCAGGCUUUCAUCUCCCCUUCCAAGCUGCAUGUGCACUUCAUGGGGCACAUGGGCAUGAAGCCGCACAAGUGUGACUUCUGUAGCAAAGCUUUCAGCGAUCCAAGCAACUUACGGACACACCUCAAGAUUCACACAGGUCAGAAGAAUUAUCGCUGUACCCUCUGUGACAAAUCAUUCACGCAGAAGGCUCACCUGGAGUCACACAUGGUCAUUCACACCGGGGAGAAGAACCUCAAGUGCGAUUACUGUGAGAAGCUCUUCAUGCGCAGGCAGGACCUCAAGCAGCAUGUCCUCACUCACACACAAGAACGGCAGAUCAAGUGCCCCAAGUGUGACAAGCUGUUUCUGAGGACUAAUCAUCUGAAGAAGCAUCUUAAUUCACAUGAAGGAAAGAGGGACUAUGUCUGUGAAAAAUGCUCCAAGGCUUAUCUAACCAAAUAUCACCUCACUCGACAUUUAAAAAUAUGUAAAGGCCCCACAUCCAGUCUGUCAGCCCCAGAGGAGGAAGAGGAGGAGGAUUCAGAGGAGGAAUUAAUAGACUCUAUGAGGACUGAAGACUGUAGGAUUAACAAUGGAGUCUAUUCAACAGGUGAUGUUCUCUCUGGACACAAAUGAAGAAGAGAUGGAAUCUUUCUUGGAUAAGUAGGGAAGAAAAAAACCCUCUUCCUUGUUUUCCCAGUCACCAGUGUAUGUCAGGUGAGGAGUUUUCCUUCUGAUUUUGUCUCCACACUACCACUACUUAAUAUAAUCUGUAGCCAGAAGACUGAACAAGACUGGAUCAUGCACAUACAAGUGAAGAGUUGCUAAGAAGGAAAUGUGAGGCAAGAUUACUUUCACACACGCUUUGCAUACUUCUCCAAAUCACUUGCAUUAAUCCAUCCAGUGCCAGGACACAUGUCACACCUCACAUAGCCCUUUGAGCAAAGAGCCACGAACCAGAAGUGCAGCUGAGGGAUUGCAGUGACCUGUAAGCCAGCUGUCCUUAACUGCCCAAGGUGUGACAUGAAGAGGAACAAGGAAAAAUGGUGGUGGAAUUUUUUAACUGAAGGAUGUGGUUUGGCACAAAGCAAAGACUUCUCAAUGCUCAGGUUUCCUUCUUAAAACCUUUUGGUUAAAAAAAAGGCCAGUGAAAUCAGCACUUCCAUUCAAAGUAUCCCACUACAGAAAAUCAGACAUUGGUUUUUGGAGAACAGUUCUCCCCUCUUCUCUCUCAAGUUCACAGCCCAUGGAAGCAGGUGAAGAGAUAAAAGACUGUAUGGACUCAGUAAGGAAAGAGCUUACAGACGAUCAGGCAGUGUUUACAGUAUAUGUUACUUCUUGGGCUGUAAACCUUUUACCACCUAGAAUGAUGGGAGCUUUGCUGCUAAUAUUAUUUAUGGAAUGAAGAUUAUUACAUUUGGUUGUUUUCUUUUGAAAUAAUUAAAAAUGUGGCUCUUCUCUAA